GUCAGUUCAAGUCAGUUGCCUUUGUCAGUUGCCCGAGGUAACUGCGGCACACAGUUGUCUGUGUGAUUGAAAAGGAACGGUUGCCGAUACGUCAAGUGUGAAGUCGUGUAAACCAUUGAAAUUAUGAGAAUAGCAAUGAAGAGUAGUAAUAAGUUGUUCCUCGUCAUCAUCAUCGGUAUCAUUAUCUACGGUGACGUGGCAUGUGGAAAGAAGUCACGAGGUCGCUCAUCUCGACCUGUGUCUCGGACAACAUCAAGACCACGAACAACAUCAAGACCACACACAACACCAAGACCACACACAACAACCACCCAUCGUAAUGAUCAUGAGGUAGAUCCAAACAAAAUUGGCUGGGCAAUUCCAGAAGCAAAUUCUCGCAAUACACAAAAUAGUGGUAAUCACUAUCCAAAACCAUCAGCCCCACUACCAGAUCAAAACUUUGCUACAAAGUCGAACGCACCAUCCUUACAGUCAGGUUCUCCUGGGCAAACUCAACAAAAUGCACAUAUCGGGCAGAACCAACCAGUCAGCCAAGGUUAUAAUCCACCGGUUGGACAACAGUACAAUCACCCAUUCAACACGCCUGGUGGAUCAAUGUACCAGCAGCCUGGUAGCCAGUCGUACAAUCCAUCAGUCGGUCAAACUUAUCAUCAACCUGCUGGUCAGCAUUACAAUCCUCCAAUCGGUCAGAGUUAUCAACAACCCAUCGGACAACCGUAUAACCCGUCAGUCGGUCAACCCUAUCAUCAACCUGUUGGUCAGCCAUACAACCCACCAGUUGGACAAACUGUGAUUUUAGCACCAGCUCAAGCAUCAUCGUCAAAUCGCGGAUUAGGACAAAUCGCUAAAGAGGCUGUAGUGUUUGCUGGGGUGAGCGCAGGUGUAAAUGCUGCAGUAAACAGAUUACUUCCAGGCGGCUCUCGUGGAGGAGGAACCAAUACUCAGAUAACAUACAAUAAUUAUUAUAAUAAUCAAACGGAUAGUCAAGGACACGUUGUGCCACCACCUACCACAGGAGAAUCUAGUAGUACGGCUAAGCCAGCAGAAGGCUCAACCUCUGCCCCCGGAACCGCUAUGGCGCCGCAAGUUGCAGGAAACUCGGAAAGCAAGAGCGUUCAAACCAAUCCUAGUCCUGAUGCACCGAUGAGCGUUCUACCAUCAAAUACGGGUGCCUCGGUGACUGAUGUAGGAUCGGGUGCCGCCAUAGUUCAAGCUUCAGGAAAUCCCAUGGCUCCACCAAUGCAAACAAAUUUAGUCUCUGACGAGGAGCUCAUGCGUUUAUCAGAAGAACUUUUUGAAGCUGACGCCAAUAACGCAUUCAAAUAUAUUACUUUGAACUUGCAAGGUCAGAAGAUUGAUGACAGUAUAACAGACAGCGCAAUGGAACCUUUGCUGACUGUCCAGCCUGAGGGAUUAAAAAUUCCGACGAUUGCUUUGCUGCGUUCUGUUUACGACAAAUACGAAUUGGAUUCAGGAGUAGCCGAAAAAAUAACCCCAGAAAGACGUGAUGGGGAAAUAAAUAUGAUAAAUGAGUUCCUGAAAACACGAGUAAUGAUGGAGGCCAUGAAAUUUAUCGCAAAGAAAGGUUUGAUACCCAAUGAUGAGUACGAAUUUAAAGAUGCCUUGAAACGGAUUUGGUUUUCUCAAUAUGCCCGUGAAAAUGACAUAAUAUCAACUAGCGGUUUUGAAAACGUAUUCUUGGCCGAAAAAGUUUACACGGAUAUCACUGGGUUACACAAUUGGAUUUACUUCAACGAGCAGGAGUCUGCUGGUAAAGCAAAUUAUUUGGGAUACAUUCGAGAAGCUAAGCUUGGGAACAAUGCUGUCAUCGUCAAAUUACGGGCAACUCUGAACGAUAUCGUAAGACCGGUCACAACGAUUUUCGUUGGUACUUCACCUGAACUAGAAAUGGCUCUGUAUACGGUUUGCUUCUUUAUUCGCCCAAAUGGUGCAUGUCCAGUAUCACUGGGAACUACCCCGUUUACAAUAUUCACGAACAAAAUAACUUACUUCGGUAAAGAAAUUCUCUUUUCGGCUUAUCCAGAAAUAUAAAUUUUGUAACAGCUACUUGGAAAGCUCGGAUUUCGAAACCUGUGUAGCGUGAAGUGCCGCAAUGCCAAAUAGUGCGGAAGAGGAACGUUGGUGCAUAUGCACAACUGAAAUGCUCUACUUUCCACGCUAAGACUUUCUUUGGCGCAUGCGUACUUUCCAAUCACUCAAUUUUACGCAAUGCGUCAUUCAGUGUAAGAUACUUAACCUCAAUUUUACGUAUUGUCAGUCGCUCCUUCAAUGCUUUUCGAAUCGAACUUUCCACGUGAGUUCUGCAAAAAUAUCAUGUGCGACACGUGCGGAUGUGUGACAUCUGACUGGUGUGAUCACAGCUGUCGCCUUGGGUUCAUGUCGAAAGCCACAUUCGUUUAGAUAUUACCCAUUUUCCGCCAAUGUCACACAAUAUACUAUUUUAUAACUGUUUUUUAAAUUUAUUAAUUUCCAAGGGUGUAUUCCGCUAUGUA